CGGCGCGCUGUGACGUGGCGCUUCCGGCGCGCGGGCGGCGGCGGCGGGAGCGGUCGGGGAUGGCCUGAGCCUGCCCCGCUUGGGCACCGAGGGGCUGCGGGACCCUCCGGGAGCCUCCGCCGGGCCCGGUAACGUGAGCGCAGCGCUGCCGCUUCGGUGCCUCGGCAGCCAGGAGGAAAAUCCGCAGCGAGCGAGGAGCUCCCGUCCCUGCGGGCACCGGGCACCGGGAGCAGCCCCGCGGUCUGUUCCGAGCCCGAGGGUGGCGGGACAGCCCCCGCACGGCUCGGUCACACCGGGCACCGGGAGGUCGAGGCGGGGAUAAAGCGCGGGGGUCGCGGGGAUGGAGCCCCCGGCCGCCCCGCUCAUCCUGGGGGUGGGCGACGAGGUGACGCUGGUGGCCGGGGUGGCCGUGCUGGUGCUGGCGCUGGUGCUGGCCUGGCUGUCCACGUACGUGGCCGAUGGCAGCAGCCAGCUCCUGGGCACCGGGGACGCGGCCGUGAUCCGCCUCGGGCCCCUCCCGCCCUUCGCGGCCCCCGCGGGGGCGGCCGAGGCGCCGGAGCCCCCCAGAGCCCCCGAGACCGCGGAGGAGAAAACCGAGGAGGAAGCGGGAGCGGCGGCGCGGGGGGACGGCGGGAGCGGCCCCGAGCCCGGCCUGGAGCAGCUGCUGCCCGCCCGGAGCUCGGCCCCGAGCCCCGCCGAGCCCGGUGCCCCCGCGGCCGGGGACGCCUGCCCGGGUCUCAUCAAGAUCCGCCUCAAGUUCCUCAACGACACCGAGGAGGUGGCGGUGGCGCGGCCCGAGGACACCGUGGGGGUUCUCAAGAGCAAAUGCUUCCCGGGCCAGGAGAGCCAGAUGAAGCUCAUCUACCGCGGGCAGCUGCUGCAGGACCAGGCGCGGACGCUGCGCUCGCUCCGCAUCACCGACAACUGUGUCAUCCACUGUCACCGCUCCCGGGGCGCCACCGCGGCCACCCCCGCGCUGGCCGAGCCCGGCCCCGCCGGCCCCGCGGCCCCCGGGCUGCCCCUGGGCGGGGGGACGCUCAUGGUGCCCACGGUCAUGGUGGUGCUGGCGCUGGGCUGGUAUUUCCGCAUCAACUACCGGCAGCUCUUCACGGCGCCGGCCACCGUGUCCCUGAUCGGUGUCACCGUGCUGGUCACCUUCCUGGCCUUCGGGGUGUACGGACAGGCGGGAUGAGGCGGCGAGGGGCUGGGGAGGCGCCUCGGUGUCCCUGUGCUCGCUGUCCCUGUGCUCGGUGCCACCGCGCGCGGCCCAGCCUUGCUGCCGGACUUUACGCCCCCCGAAAAGGGGCUGUGCCCCCCUCCCCAAACUCCAUUCCCCUUCCCCCAGCCCCGGGGGAGUGGGACAGCGCUGGAACGGGCCGUGGCUUCUUCCCAAGCCCCAAAAAAGGACUUUUUAAAGCAAAUAAAAGGUGUCAAGUCA